AUAGUACUAUAGUGUGAAGAAGCGAUUUACAGUAACAUGGAGUGUUUGUCGGUGAAAGGAGUGCUUACUACCGACGGAAGACGGGUAUGAAUAGAAGGCCGACUUCCGGUGUUCCUAUGAACGAAAUAACCAAUGUUUGAAACUCCUGCUCUUAAACUUGCAGCUUGCGUCAGAUGCCGGAGGACGGCGUAAAAGUGAUACUACUGUCGGAGGUGCAAUGGAGUCGCAGAUGCCAGAGGCCCAAGCUCCACCGAGGCUCCCUUAAACGGGCUCAAAACUUCCCUUCCUUCACCCUCAAAAACCUAGUACGACUACCGUAGCCCACCAUGCUACUCCUCGGUCUCACAGGCUCGAUCGCAACCGGCAAAUCCACCGUCUCAUCCCUCCUCUCCAAACCCCCAUACUCGCUCCCCAUAAUCGACGCCGACCUCAUCGCGCGCCAAGUCGUCGAGCCCGGCACAGCAGGCUACAAUGCCAUCGUCAAGUACUUCUCGCCCACAACACCAGAUCUGCUCCUCCCGGAUGCGACGCCAAAAGGGCAACCGUUGAACCGGCCCGCGCUGGGGAGACGAGUCUUCGGUGGCGGAGAAGAGAAGGAGCGGGACAGGAAGAUGCUGAACAGCAUCGUACACCCCGCGGUGAGGAAGGAGAUGUACAGACAAAUGGUAUGGGCGUACCUGAAGGGCAACUGGGCUGUGGUCUUGGAUGUGCCCCUGCUCUUCGAGUCUGGCUGGGAACGGUACUGCGGCACUAUCCUCGUCGUCGGCGUCACGGACCCUAGCAUUCAGAUUAAUCGCCUGCGAAGUCGCGAUGCUCAUCUCACGGAGGAAGAUGCGCGGAAUCGCGUCAUGAGCCAGGGCGAUGUGCGUGAGAAAGCGGAACGGUGUUUAAGGAGAGGGCCUGGACGGGGCGUGGUCGUGUGGAACGAUCAUGAUAGGAGUCACCUGGAGAAAGAGAUUCAGACGGUCAUGCAGGAUGUUAGAGGGCGGACCCCGAGCUGGUGGACGUUUUUGUGCUGGGUUUGUCCACCGCUGGGGGCGUUGGCGGGGCUGGCGAGCUGGUAUCGGAUGCGGAAAGUGCAGUUGCAGUGGGAGAGCGAGAAGAAGAGGGAGAAGGCGAAGCUGUGAGCCCACACGUAUGCGAGUUUGAGUGUUUUAUUUGCUUCCGGCUGGUUCUGGUGUUUGCGAAGGUGCGCAUAGAUAUCCUAGCAAUUGGCAGCACGGGUGCUGUGUCACGGUAAACAUUUCUCUCUCAGUCCCUCAUCUAU